AAUAAAUGUCCGAAACAAACACAAUGGGUUAGGGACGGACCAAAGACCAGCCGCACAUCAUCUUCCCCGUCCCAUCAUCAUCAUCAUCAUCGCCCCCAACACCGAGAGACGACCAGCAAGAAUUUUCAUGGGCGAUGAUGGUGAGCAGCAAGAAGGUCCCCAGAAGAACCUCAAGAACUACUGGGGCAACACCCCCGAGGAGGAAGACGACUACUUCGAGCAGCAAGGCGUCCGAGGCGCCAGAUCCUUCCACACCUCGCCGCGAGGCCUCGCCCUCUUCACCCGGUCGUGGCUGCCCUUGCCCUCCUCCCCGCCCCCUCGCGGCGUCGUCCUGAUGGUCCACGGCUACGGCAACGACGUCACCUGGACCUUCCAGAUGACCCCGAUCUUCCUCGCCCAGAACGGCUUCGCCUGCUUCGCCUUCGACCUCGAGGGCCACGGCCGCUCCCAGGGCCUCCGGGCCUUCGUGCCCGACGUCGACCUCGUCGUCGACGACGCCAUCUCCUACUUCGAAUCCAUCAAGAACGACCCUCGGUUCCAGGGCUUGCCCCGCUUCCUGUACGGGGAGUCGAUGGGGGGCGCGAUCUGCCUGCUGAUCCACUUCCGGGACCCUCUCCGGUACCAAGGCGCCGUCCUGGUCGCGCCCAUGUGCAAGAUCUCGGACAAGGUGAGACCCGCUUGGCCGAUCCCGCAGGUCCUCUCCCUGGUCGCCAGGGUCAUGCCCACCCUGCCAAUCGUGCCGACAGCCGACAUCAUGAAGAAGUCGGUCAAGGUGGAGGCCAAGAAGGUGAUUGCGGAGAUGAACCCGUUGAGGUACAGAGGGAAGCCGAGGCUGGGGACCGUGCUCGACCUCCUGAGGGUCACCGACUACCUGAACCGGAGGCUGGGCGAUGUGAAUAUCCCGUUCAUCGUGUUGCACGGGAGCGAGGAUGCGGUGACUGACCCGGAGGUGAGCCGGGCGCUGUACCAGGCGGCCCGGAGUGAGGACAAGACGAUCAGGAUCUAUGAGGGGAUGAUGCAUUCGUUGCUGUUCGGCGAGACGGAGGAGAACAUCGAGGCAGUGCGCAGGGACAUACUGUCUUGGCUGGGGGCAAGAUGCGAGGGCAGAGGAGCAGGGAGUUCAUGAUGUUGCAAAUGAAA